AUGGACGAGGUAGGAAGUUUGCAAGAAACAUCAAAUUGGGAUAAUAUACUACAAUCUUUGGGGAUUGAGAAACUCGCAAAUGAUAUUGAGACGGAGGAUGUCAAGGGAAAGGUCUUGGAGUCCCUUGAAGAGUGGGAGGAUUUUUAUUACACAUACUCUUUGUGGGUAGGCUUCAGUGUCUGCAAAGCAGAUGUACGGAAAAAAAAUGGGAACAUCACCAUGAGAAAAUGGGUAUGUUCAAAAGAAGGUUUCUGCAAACACAUGGAAAUUGACAAGGUCGGUGGGAGCAAACGAAAAAUAUCUAUUACUAGGACUGGUUUCCAAGCUAGUUUUCGAGUAGUAAUGAUGGGCGAUGAGGGUCCGUGGAUUUGCAAGGAAUUCCAACCUCUGCACAACCAUGUCAAGGCAGCAUUAGAUGAGUUGCGAUUUCUGAGAUCAAACCGUUCCAUGUCAGAAACCCUAGUUGCUCAAGUGAGGUCAAUGAACCAAGUUGGGAUAAGAACUUCACACAUCAUCUCCCACUUGGCAAUGCAGUCUGGUGGGUACGAAAGGAUGCCUUGCCAGCUACGAGACGUUUACAACAAGGUCGCCCAUGUCAAAAGAAAAGAGAAAAGAUGUACAGAUUCAGAUGGUGCUUUGGGAUAUUUGGAUUGUUUGUCAAAGAGGGAUCCAAAUUUCUUCAUUCAAUAUCAAUGUGACGUGGACAACAGAUUGGGGAACCUAUUCUGGGCGGACGGAUAUUCUUGA